GUUAACUGACUCCAAGAGCAGGAAGUCGCACUCUCGUCUCUCAGAUAGGGAAGCGCAAAAAGAGGAGUGAUCAGUGAGGUGUCAUAAAUAUAUUCCAUUACAACAACAAUGGCACAACGGACGGUAUGACAAAGUCGUUUUGGUAACACUAGCUAGGUAAUCACUUUCCUAGUUCUGGCGCUUUUUCGUAGGAGACUCCCUGCAAAGAAGCGUGAGAAGUUAUUAUUAGGGAGAAAUGGCGGACGGCGGAGGCUUCGAGUUGGGUGAUGUUGUCGACCCACCCAUUGCGCCGAAUAUCAUCUGUCCCCUUGUCACCGUUUCUGACCUACCCAGCCCGACAGCUGCAGGCCGUAACCUGAAGGAAUGGCUGCAGGAGCAGUUUAAUAAAAAGCCUGAAGAGCAGAGUGAGGACGCGCUGCUCCACAACGCUGCUUACGUAGGAGACCUGGAUACUCUAAGGAACCUGCUGCAGGAGGACAGCUUCAGAGAGCGGAUCAACGAGAAGUCUGUAUGGUGCUGUGGUUGGCUGCCCUGCACCCCUCUGCGCAUCGCUGCCACAGCCGGUCAAGGGGCCUGUGUGGCCUACCUGAUAGGCCAGGGGGCCACGGUGGACCUAGUGGAUGUGAAGGGUCAGACGGCACUCUACGUGGCGGUGGUCAACGGACACCUGGACUGUGUGACCAUCCUCCUGGAAGCUGGAGCUGACCCCAACGGCAGCCGCCACCACCGCAGCACUCCCGUCUAUCACGCUGCACGGGUAGGCAGGGUGGACAUACUCCAAGAGCUCAUCAGGUUCCAUGCCGACGUGGAUGUGGACCACCAGCUGGGCGCCAGGCCCCCGUUUGGUGCGGCCCGCACCCUCACCACACUGGUGGUGUGCCCGCUCUACAUCAGCGCCGCCUACCGCCACCUCCACUGCUUCAGCCUGCUCCUGGCGGCCGGCGCCCAGCCGGACUACAACUACAACGGACCAGUGAGCCGCGAAGCGCUAGCAAAGGGUUUGGCCUCCUGCCUGCUGGAUGCGGUGCUGAGACACGGCUGUGAGGCGGCGUUCGUCAGACUGCUGCUAGACCACGGUGCCGAGCCCAGCCUGGUACCCUGGGAGCAGCCCCACCAAGGGGGAGCGACCGCCGGGGGCCGAGAGAGGGUUGACCCCGAAGCCCUGCAGCUCUACUUGGAGGCCAGGAGAUGUCCUCAUAGGCUGACCUACCAAUGUCGGAUCAGUAUUAGGAAAGUGAUGGGGAAGCAUCGGCUAAAACACAUCCCUUCUCUACCGCUCCCGGACCCCAUUCAGAACUUCCUGCUUCACCAGAACUGACUCUGGCAGGCCUUGCCUUUGAUUAUCGUUAUGCUAUUAUGAACAGUGACGGACUUACCAUUAGGCAGAAGAGGCGAUUGCCUCAGGCUUUCACAUCAUAAUCAAGGGGCCUCAUGAGCUGGGCAUAAUUUAAACAAAUAAAACUAGUCAUCUUUUUGUUUAUUUCUCAGCUUGGGCUGUUGAGGCCCCUUGAUUUCUCAGCUUGGCCCCUUGAUUUCUCAGCUUGGGCUGUUGAGCCCCCCACAUUCUCUGCUCAAAGGCUGGACUGCUCAGUAGCUUGGUUCAGCAGCAGCAAAAUCAGCAGGAAGCUUCAAAGUUGCAAACGAAAUGGGGAAGGGUUUCUUUGCCUGGUAAUGAGGCCACAUGGUUGUCAAAAAUACCUCCCAAAAAGUAAAUGAAUCCAUAUAGCUGAAGAAUAAUAGAUCAACAAUUUAUUUCUAUACAAAUACACUACGUGUAUGAAACAUUAGGAACACCAUCUCUUUCCAUGAGAAGGUGAAUCCAGGUGAAAGCUAUGACCCUAUAUUGAUGUCAUUUUUAAAAUCCACUUCAAACAGUGUAGAUGAAGGGCAGGAGAUGGGUUAAAAAAAUACUUUUACACCUUGGGACGUGGAUUGUGAAUGGGCAAGACAAAAGAUUGAAGUGUCUUUGCGGGGUAUGGUAAUGUAGUUGAUGGCAGGCGCACCGGUCUGAGUGUAUCAAGAACUGCAACGCUGCUGGGUUUUACUCGCUCAACAGUUUCCCAUGUGUAUCAAGAAUACACAUGGGAAACACCCAAAGGACACCCAGCCAACUUGACACAACUGCGGGAAGCAUUGGAAUCAAAAUGGUCCAGCAGCCCUGUGGAUCGCUUUCGACACCAUGUAGAGUCCAUGCCCUCACGAAUUGAGGCUACUCUGAGGGCAAAAGUGGGUGCAACUCAAUACUAGGAAGGUGUUCCUAAUGUUUUGUACACUCAGUGUACAGUGCAUCAGAAACAUUGUUUAUUGCUUGUUUGCUGUGACAAAGCCUCCAUUCUCUGUAUGAGUCUGUAUGAGUUGCUUCUUGACUUAUUUGCAUACCUUCCACAUAAUUGCAAUAAUUCCAAAAACAUAUUUAUUUUCUAUUUUCUCUGUAUUAUGGCUUUCUGUACCACCUACAAAGUGAUCUGCAACUAAAGCAAUGUCUGUUUCCCCCUUCUUCCCGUCUUUUUGCAGAACAAGAGAGCGCUAUCAUUGAUCUUUCUCGCACCCGCUUCCAAUUUCAUUUACUUUGGAAAGCACGUCUUUGCCUGCCAUUAGUCCUGUUUAUACCUGGCACUAACAUGGGUCUUGUGUCCUGAUCUUGUUCAAAUGUACAUUUGAAUGCUUUCUCCACACUCCUCAGUUCACAAUGCAUCUUUUAACCCCUGUAAAUCUAUGCUGUUGGGGGGGGGGUCAUACAAUGGCUCAUAUAGCUAUUUGAUUUUUAAUUUUAGGAACCCUUUAGGUAUAAAAAAUAUAUAUAUAUAUAUAUAUAUUAGAACCAAAAAAAAAGAUAAAAUAUAUAAUUUUGCGUUUACUACUCUAGCCUAUAGAAACGGAUUGAAUAACAUUCAUAAAUGCCAAAAAAUACAAGAAAAAAUGAAAUAGGGAACAAGGAAUUAUAAGGGAACAAGGAUUAUAAGGAAGCUCAGGAUAUAUAUAUAUAUAUUUUACACAUUUAACCCCCUUUUUGGGAAGGUACAAAACUACCCCAAUACUUCCAUUAAUAAACAAAAAUUAAAAACGGUACCGGUAACCUUAUGACGAGUCCCGUGACAAAGCUGGGGAACGCCAUCUUUUCCAUAGAGUGGUCAUAAUAGUUUGGAGUCUAUAGACGUUUUCACGAGAAGAACGAUUUUCAGGAUGACUCAUAGUCUGACAAAUAUAGCUGUAGCUCGGCAGCCUUCCACAGCAGAUGCCAUAGGUGGCCUUCUCUAGCUUAAACUGAUGAAUUUGGAUGGGGAUUUUUUUAUUAUGUUAUUUAGAGGUCAUCAUGCGGGCAUAUUGAUGAGACUAUGGCGACAAGUGAAUAAACCGCCCCUACCCUCUUUGUUCUAUUGGCGAAUGUGCAAUCGCUGGAGAAUGAACUGGACAAGCUUUGUUGGAGACUGUCCUAUCAACGGGACAUUAAGAAAUGCAUUUUACUAUGCUUUUCAAAGUCAUGGCUAAACAAAGACAUGGAUGAUAUACAGUUGGCUGGGUUUUACAUGCAUUGACAGGACAGAACAACAGCACCCGGUAAGAUCCUUGGGGGUGGGGUGUGUCUCUUUGUCAACAAAGUGCUUCUACACCUGCAUUGCUUGCUGUUUGGGGUUUUAGGCUGGGUUUCUGUACAGCACUUUGAGAUAUCAGCUGAUGUACGAAGGGCUAUUUAAAUAAAAUUUGAUUGAUUGAAAGA